UAUAAUAUAAUAAUAAUAAUAUAAGACAGUGGUUACAGCAGCCUAAUAUGGCUGAUUACUGUACAGUGUCAUAACUGUGUAAAUGCAUUUCAGAUCCUGUGGGGAGAUUUCAACUUUCUACUGCAAUCAGCCCCCUCCUUGCAGAGCAGCAAGAACUGGAAAUCGUGAUGGUGUCUCAGCCAUGGUUGCGAGCUCUGGCUUGGCUUGUUGCUCACAACACGGGCUUGUGUUGCCCGCUUGAGGCGAGGCGGGGGAAAGCACGCAGUCGGCGAGGAAAGAUGAAGCCCGUGCUUCCCUGCCUCUCCCCCGCUUGCAGUAGAUUGCCGCGGCCACCCGCUCCGUCUCCACAGCAGAGGGAAGAGGUAUCGGCAGGGUGAGUGCUGCCAACUCCACAUUUUACUCAACUGCAGCUGAGGAAAAUUACCAUCAGUAAAAUAAUUGAGUAUCAUUGUGAUUAUUAUUAGAUAAAUCUCGAUUUGAAAAAAUCAAGCUCGUGCAGAAAGAGAGUCGUCUUGCGUCCUGAUCUGUCAUCCACAGGUCUGGAAGUCUCACCCACCCUGCACGGCGCGCUCCCUGACUCUCAUUUAUUCAUUUUUUUUCUUUGACGCGCGUCCCCGCUGCGAAAGCCAGAGCGCUCUUCAGUCUCUCUUCUCUCCACUUCGCUUCCUCUCCUCCUCUCGACAGCAUCCAGAACUAUAGCGCAACCGUCCCCGUCACUCUUUUCCUCCCCUCCUCUUUCUCUCACCGCCAGAUCUCUCUCUACUGCGUCUCUCACCCCUUUGCCCCCCCUCGCUCCACCUCACAAGCUCAGUCCCUCACUCCUCUGACGCACGACAGGGAAACGGACCCGAGGAAAGAAAGAAAGAAAGAAAGAAAGAAAGAAAAAGAAAGAAAGAAAGAAAGGCUAAAAAGCAGCAGCUGACCCAACCAUCGGUAUGAUAUACAGACCCCUGCUAUUGCUGCACCGGACAGAGACACGGUCCUGAAACCAAUAGGAGAACACUCUCACCCGGCUACACUGUUGUUGAGCGCUCGCCCGGGGGGGCGGCGACGGCGGCGGAGGAGAAGGAGGAGGAGGAGAGGGGAGGAAGAGGAAGCGGACUGGGCACAAGUCGAGGACUUGCAUUUUAAGCAAACUGUUUAGAGAAAAAAAAGACGAGAAAGAAGGGGAGAGAGUCAGAGUCACCGGAGAGCCAGAGUGGGAGAGAUUGCAUUCCUAUCACGUCUUCAUUUCGCCUCUCUUUUGCCUCAGCCACUGAGUGAGAAAGGGUGAGGGAAGGAGAGAAAGAAAGAAAGAGAGAGAGAGAGAGAGAGAACGAGCAAGAGAUCUAACAAGAUUUAUACUAGUGGUCUUUUUCCCCCCGAUGCUUUCCAAUUGCAGUACGAAACUAAGCCCGGCAUCGGACGGUGAGCGGGACGCACCGGGCAACAGCAGAACACAACGCAGGAGGACAUGUGAAGUUGGAAUCCCACUAAACUAAUGCUGUGAAGUGGCUCUAUCCCUGGAGCCGAGACUUCAUCCCCUUGGUGUCAGCGAGGAUGCUGUGGGUUACCUUGCUGAGCACCAUAGCCUUAGGAUGGACCACCCCGAUCCCACUACUAGAGGACUCCGAGGAGAUCGACGAGCCCUGCUUCGAGCCCUGCUACUGCGAGGUCAAAGAGGGCAUCUUCCACGUCCACUGUGACAGUAAAGGAUUUACAAAUGUCAGCCAGAUCUCCCAGAUAUGGAGUCGUCCCUUCAAGCUCAACCUGCAGAGGAACUCUAUGAGGAAGCUUUACUUUAACAGCUUCCUCCAUCUCAACAAUGCCAUAUCCAUUAAUCUGGGUAAUAACGCCUUGCAAGACAUCCACGCUGGAGCAUUCAAUGGUUUAGGAAUACUUAAACGGUUGUUCCUACAUGAAAACAAACUAGAAGUUUUCCGGAACGAUACUUUUCUGGGGUUGGAGAGUUUAGAGUAUCUCCAGGCGGACUACAAUGUUAUCAAACGGAUUGAAAGUGGUGCAUUCAGGCACCUUCACAAAUUGAGAGUGCUCAUACUAAAUGACAAUCUGAUUCCUGUGCUCCCAAAUUACCUUUUCCGGUCUGUGUCACUAACACAUCUGGACCUGAGAGGAAACAGACUUAAGACAUUGCCGUAUAAGGGUACGCUGGAGUAUGUUGGAAGGAGCUUAAUGGAAAUCCAGUUGGAGGAGAACCCCUGGAACUGUGUGUGUGAGAUUGUCCAGCUCAAAACAUGGCUGGAGAGAAUCCCUUAUACAGCUCUGGUUGGUGAGAUCACAUGUGAGUACCCAUUCCACUUACAUGGGAAAGACUUACGGGAAAUCAAGCGUAGUGAGCUCUGUCCGCUGCUCUCCGAUGCAGAGAUUGAGGCCAAGCUGGGAAUUCCCCGGGUCCCAUUCAGCAAUGAGAACACAUGGCCUACUAAACCUUCCUCCAUGCUCUCCUCCUUUCACAACACAGCCUCUUCUGUGGAAUACAAGGAAAGAGUUGUCAAGCCUACCAAACGACCUCGGCCCACAAAGAACCCCCCAACCCCUCGUAGCAUCUACCCGGGCAUGAACCAGCCCCCCAUUGCUGGCUACCAAACAAGGCCUCCCAUUCCAAUCAUUUGUCCAGCUGGGUGUACAUGCAACCUUCACAUCAAUGACCUGGGGCUAACAGUGAACUGUAAAGAGAAAGGCUUUCACAACAUCUCUGAGCUCCUGCCUCGGCCCCUCAAUGCCAAGAAAUUGUAUCUCAGUGGGAACCUAAUACAGAAAAUCUACCGUUCUGAUUUCUGGAACUUCUCAAGUUUGGAUUUACUGCAUUUAGGGAAUAAUCGGAUAUCGUACGUCCAGGAGGGCGCCUUUAUCAACCUGCCAAACUUGAAGAGUUUAUAUCUGAAUGGGAAUGACAUUGAGAGGCUCUCCCCUGGGAUGUUCCGGGGACUUCAGAUGUUGAGUUAUCUUUACUUUGAGUAUAAUGUCAUACGUGAGAUACAACCUAACUCGUUCUCCCUGAUGCCAAACCUCCAGCUGGUUUUCCUCAAUGACAACCUGUUGCGCUCGCUCCCCUCUGACGCCUUUGCUGGCACAAACCUUGCACGCCUCAACCUCCGCAACAACUACUUCCUUUCCCUGCCUGUGCGUGGUGUUCUGGAGCAUCUGACCUCUAUUGUCCAGAUUGAUCUCCAUCAGAACCCCUGGGACUGCUCCUGUGAUAUCAUCCCCCUCAAACAGUGGCUGGAAAAGCUCUCCUCUGUCAUUGUGGUUGGAGAUGUCAUGUGCAAGACACCUGAGUUUGCUUUUGGGAAGGAUCUGCGUUCGCUGGAGGUUGAGGUCAUCUGUCCUGAGCUAAAAUAUUCUUCAGGCCCCUCACCGGCCCUGCCUGGUGGGGAUGACCUCACCACGGGAAGCUCUGACAUGGGGGAAGCGGGUGGGAGAGGGGCUGUCCCACUGUCUGUCCUCAUCCUCAGCCUUCUCAUCCUCUUCAUCUCUGCUGUGUUUGUGGCUGCUGGGCUUUUCGCCUUUGUUCUUCGUCGGAGGAAGAAGCUGCCCUUCCGGAAACGUUCUGAGGUAGAUCUGACGGGGAUUCAAAUGCAAUGCAGGAUUUUUGAGGACCCACCAAGGCAGAGUAGUGCCGGUAACACUGGCACACCAGAGAAACCGACACCCAGUAUGCACACACACACUCACAAUAGUCACACACAUGCCCAUGGUCACGUUUAUGAUUACAUCCCUCACCCUGUGACUCAGAUGUGUAACAACCCCAUCUAUAAGCCUAGAGAGGGGGAGAUAGCAGAGGAAGAUAGAGCACAGUUUUUGGAGAAGAAAGACAAUGGCAGCAGUAGCAACAGUAACUACAGAACCUUGUUAGAGAAAGAGAGAGAGUGGACACUGGCCGUCUCCAACUCUCAACUCAACACCAUCGUCACAGUCAACCACACCACGGCUGACAUGGCAGGAUUUCAUGAGAAUGGAGGGCUCUGCCCGACAGUAAUUGACAGUCAGAGGCCCACUCCAACAGUGGGCUUUGUAGACUGUUUGUAUGGGACAGUACCCAAACUAAAGGACAUGCAUGUGGCGCAUGCGCACCCACCAGGCAUGCAGUACCCGGAUUUGCAGCAGGAUGCUCGGCUGAAGGAGACAUUGCUUUUCACGGCGGGGAAAGGCUGCUACCCCGACCCGUCCCAAAGCGAUUACCUCGAGUUAAGGGCCAAACUUCAAACCAAGCCGGAUUACCUCGAAGUCUUGGAAAAAUCUUACCGGUUUUAACAUCACUAGCCCAUGGAGAAAAAAAUGAAACACAAAAUCAACACAUUCACUUUGCCACCCUCAAAACAAAAUCACCCAAAACCAAUACGAAAAAAUAAACUUGAAAAAGCAGCAUGAUAUAAAAUAAAAUAUUAUAUUACAACAAAGUCCCCACCCCCCCAACCCUCACCCUGCCCCCAAAUCACUUUGGAGGAGAGGCCAUUCUCAGAUAUUUCAAUGAAGUGCCUUUUUUUCAGAGUAGCCAGCAAUGUCAACAGCCGUUAUUUUUAUAAUAUAUAAAUAUCUCUAUAUGCCCAAGAGAGAGCAAAAGAGGAAUGAGAGGGGCACCGGGGAAUAAAACAUACAAAACAUCCUAAACUACAUCUGUCACUAAAACCCAUUUUUAUGGAGUUACCAUGAUGUGAGAGACGCACGGGAGCUGGACGUCUCCCUGACUUGGGGGUUUUCUUUCUGUCUCUUUUACCCCUGACUAGGAUGUACAAACACCCGGAGGCCGUGCACAUAAAGUUUGUAGGAAACGAUUGAAAGAGAGAAAAAAUACAUAUAUUAAAAUGAACUGCAGUUUGCUGCAUGCACUCGCUUCAGUGCAGGAAGCGAGGGGAUUUACUCAGAACUAUCACAUCACAUUAUGAACAGAGAUACUGCAACGCAUUUACAGUUCAGUGUUCUAUUUAAUUUUUAUAUCUUAUUAAUAUGGUUAUUACUAUUAAUGAGGACUUCUGUCUAUAUCAGGGUGCUUCUCGUAAAAAGGACGCACCGACAUACGGAUGGUAAAACAUUUGUGAAUAUUAUUAUAAGACAACGCUCAAGGGUUUUCUGGACUUCCGCACUUUGUUGACCCCCACCCACACCCCCUCCAUUGCUUCUGGAUUCCCCAUUGUCACCCACUAACGGCUUUGUAGGAAGCACUUUUAAUGUUUUCUCUCUCACAAAGAUUUGAAGAAAAAUGUGCAUAUAUUUAUUCUGUAAUUUCAGUGAAGAAUUUAAUUGUAAAGGUAAUGUUAAAUCAAUGUAUAGUGAUUAUGCGUCUGGUAUAGCCUUCUUAAUAAAAACAAACUCUUCAAUCAAAUGAUGAAAGGGUUGAUGCCACGGGAACCUGUGUGUUGAGCGCUAUUGACAGGCUGUGUUUUUGGUGUCUUUUUAAAAUGGCAUGUUGAAGCUGUAGCCAACCAUCAUGAGAUAAUGCUGCUGGAGAUAGAAGUAUAGCUGUUGAACCAAUAGAGUGCUAGACAGUAAUGUAGUGGAGGACAAUAACAUUUAAACUCAGUUCAGAUCCUUAUUAUUUUUGGAUUAGUGCCAAAUUAAUUUAAGUUAUCAGGAAAGGGUUGUGGGUUUUUUGUCUAUAAAAUAUAAUUUUUUCUGUCUAUUGGUACCUUGUCCUGUGAUCUUAACCUGCUAGAUAUCAUAGGGCACAAUUUUUAUUUGCCACUACAUUACUGGUCCUAGUUGGAUGUAAUCUGAAGGUAAAAGAUAUAGAAAAUGUGAAUGCUGCUGGUUUUGAAGUGGAUGAUAAGACAGGAUGUACCAAAUCAGUGAGGCACGCUGCAAUUUUAAUUAUCUGAACGGGUAUUGCUGAUGUCAGCUAAUAUACAGUAAUUGAGAGAGCGAAAGAAAACGUGAUUGGAAGUCGCUCUUUGAAUUUGCGCAUCUGAUUUCUCUGACUCCCUGCAAAGGCAGUGUGGCUUCAGUCCACUGGAGGGCGAUAAAAUGGCGUUCAGAUUCGUUGGGCAUUUAGCAUAGUGGAUGCAGUUCCAGUAUAAUGUAAUGCACAAAAUGCUUAUCCUAAGAGAUCAUCAAGUUUCAUUUUCGGUAUGAAUUAUUUUCAAAAUAUCUAUAUCUAAAUAUCUAUAUCUAUAUCUAUAUCUAUAGAUAUAGAUAAUAAAACCUAAAGAAAAAAAACUAUAUAUAAAACCUUAGUGGAACAAGAUAAUUUUAUUCUUUUCAAUACAGUCUAUCUGUUUCAUGCUUUUUAAUUUAAUUUUUUCUUGCUUUAGUUCAACCAGUUUUCUUAAAAAUUGAAGAAUAAAGCCGGUCACUCUAUCUGAAUCAACAAAAAGAAAACAAUCUUGAAAGAGCUUGAUCAACACUUUUACAUGUUGCUAUUUUAAUCUUUUAAAUUGAAAUCCCAAGUGUUAAAUUAAUCCCCAAUGGUGUCAUCUGUGGCAAACAUUAAUUGCUUAUCUUUUUUGCUGUGCCAUUUUUUAAAAUCUGUUUUGCCCUAUCCGAAACUGAUUCACUUUUGGGACCAAAUACUACAAGCAGACAAAAAUCAAGGUGGAAGCAGCUGUGGAUUAUACAUAGUGUUACAGUACACAUCAUCAUAGCGCUAUUUCUUUUACUCUUUCCUAAGGUGAACUUUUAAUUUGGGAGAAAUAUGAUGCAAUCUUGAUGUCUAUACCUUUGUGAAUAUCUAUGGAAAAGGAGGGUGCUUUUCUGUUUUGUUUAAAAAUGGGCAUGAUAUGCAAUUUGCUUUGAUUUCAAUAGGUUUACUAGGAGUGGUGAUCCUCAGUUGCAAUUGGGUGUUUCUCACAAGUGUAAAUUUACACUAAAUGGAAGAUAUGUAGCAAACCACAUACUUCCCUGUUAAAUGGGAAGGCCCUUAGCUAGUCUAGUCUAGUCAUCUCCAGUACUGAUCAUCAAUGAUCCAAUCUACAAGCUUGAGUAAUAUGGAACAUCUGACCUGUGUUGUAUUCAUUGUUUCUUUUUGUUGACAAUUAUUGUUGCUCUAAUGAGUGGAGGUCACCUUCAUCUGCCUUUGUAAGCAUGGUAGCAUUACUUCAAGGCUCUUUGUUUUCAGAAAGUUUCACAAUGCUGUACCCCCAUAUUCUGCUGCCCCACCUCAUUUGUCUGCUCCUUUUUUUUUACUUUAUCACUUACACACUCACAGAAAUACACACACACACACACACACACACACACACACACACACACACAAAGCCUUUCCCUGACCAAGAGGUUAGACUAUAUGGUCAGCAUUUUCAGUGUGCACUCAGUUUGAUUAAAAAUAUAAUGCAUUACUCUGUUAACCACAACCCUCACCCAGACCCCAAAAUAAAUAAAUAAAAAAAGUUUUGGGAUCAUUGAUGAUUUUGCUAUAGUCCUAUAUCUUGGUAACCUUUUAUCCUCCACCCGUCACCCACCCAUCAUAAUAUUUCACAAAUGAGUGCUGGGCUUUGUCCCAUUAUACCAUGCUGAGUGGUUUUAUUCCAAUAAAUCCUCUUGUUAUCCUGCA